AAAUCCAUUAUACUGUCAAAUUGAAGGUCACAUUAUGUAAAAACAAACUACUUAAAUCAUAUGGUUUUUGAACCACAUUAAACAUUACAUAAGUGCUCCUUUCAAAUUAUAAUUAUUAUUCCCAGUUAAAGCUAUUGAAUUUCAAUAUUAAUUUAACAUGUUUAUUGAUAUUAAAAUAGUUGAAAAUAAUGAUAGAUAAGCUUACUAAAACUUGACUUCCACAGUCCCAUUGUUUUGACGCUCUCCAAAAAUGGCGGAUGCUAUAUUUAUCACACAUUUUGUGCUAUUGUUGACAUUUAAAAUAUGUUCAGGAGGAAGACACAGAACGUCUUUACAAGAAGAUGAUAAUUCUCUUGAUGAUGAAGAUGUUAAAGAGCAAUCGGAUUUACUUGAACAUAGUUUAAGUAGACUUGGAACACAAAAACGAUUUAAAUGUUAUUUCUGUGAAAAUUCAGAAUGUGUCGAACCUCAAUUAUGUCACGAUGCUGUUGUGUGCUGGAAAUCAAGAGUGAGAGAAAAAGAUGGAGUUGAACGAGUAACGCGAGGAUGUUCAAAAUCCGAUGACGAGAAAAUGUUUACUUGUACAAAAAAAUCAAGUCAAGUUCUCGUCGAUUGUUGUUAUUCGGAUUUAUGUAAUAAUGGACCAUUUCCAGUUUUAGAUGAUUUAACAGCUGGUACCGAGGGAGAGGAUUAUUUGCUAAAAUUAAUUUUAGCAAUACUAGGACCCAUAAUUGGUUUGGGAAUUAUUACUUGUGGAAUAUUUUUCUGCCUUCUAGCACGUAAAACACGUGGUAAAAGACCUACGGCUACUAAGAGAAAUAAAUUACUUAUUGACGCAGAAAUGGGACCUUCUAUUCUUCAUUUUACUUCGACAUCGCCGGCAUCGACGAAUUAUCAACCUUAUGAAUUGAGAGCAACUGCGGCGGGUGAUAGUACUCUAAAGGAAUAUUUGGAUGGAAGAAGUUUAACGAGUGGAUCAGGAUCAGGCCUUCCAUUAUUGGUACAAAGAACUUUAGCUAAACAAGUGGCACUUGUUGAAUGUCUUGGCAGUGGUGGUGGUUUUGGCGGUGAAAUAUGGCGCGGCAUAUGGCAUGGUGAAAAUGUUGCUGUGAAAAUUUAUUUUUCACGUGACGAAACAGCAUGGACACGUGAAACUGAAGUCUAUUCACAAUUAUUACCAUCGCGACAUGAUAAUAUUCUUGGUUAUGUUGGUAGCGAUAUGACAAGUCGUGCAAGUUGUACACAAUUGUGGUUGGUGACACAUUAUCAUGAACUUGGUUCAUUGUUUGAUAAUUUAAGUCAUUCACCACAUCCAUUGACGCAUCAUCAAUCAUUUAAUAUUUGCCUGAGCAUUGUCAAUGGUUUACUUUAUUUACAUACGGAAAUUCAUGGCACAAAGGGAAAGCCAGCUAUGGCACAUCGUAAUCUUAAGUCGAAAAAUAUUCUCGUCAAAAAUAAUGGCGCUUGUGUUAUUGCUGAUUUUACAUUGGCAGUGACGCAAGAUCGUUUAAUGGCUGAUACUGUUGAUCUUCGUCAGGGUACAAGACGUUAUAUGAGUCCUGAAUUUCUUGAACAAACGGUCAAUUUAGAAUGUUUGGAAAGCUUUAGACGGGCCGAUAUUUACAGUCUUGGUCUCAUUUUUUGGGAAGUUUGUCGUAGAUGUGUUAGCAAUGGUGUUGCUUUGGAAUAUGCUGCACCAUUUUACGAAUGGCUAUCAAAUAGCAGUCAGGAUCCUUCAAUAGAAGAAAUGCGAAAACUAGUUUCACUUGAUCAACGAAGGCCGCCACUUCCAAACAGAUGGCAUUCAGAUGCUACACUUGCUGGAAUGGGAAAAUUAAUGCGAGAGUGCUGGCAUGGAAAACCAGCGGCACGACUUCCAAUACUCAGAGUAAAAAAGACUCUCGUUAAGCUGGCUGCUAACGAUUCACGUGUUCAUUUACCUCUCGACUGACCAGUGAUCAUCCAAUUGAAUUCCACUUCUUUCACGUAUUUAUUUUUAUUAUUAUUAAAUAAUUCUUUCUUCCUUGA